AAUACGUGGAGCCCUGGGGCUCAGCUCAGAGCCUCUGUAAGGAAGCCGAUGUGCAAGGACACUGGAGAGCCUGGAGAUGUUCAUGCCAAGUAUACAGCCCUGGGCGAUGCCUUCGUCGUUUCUGUUCGAUUUGGUAGUGAACAUCCAGCAAGGAAGCGCACUCCAGCCACGCGCUUUCACUUCGUGUUGGACAACAGCGGAAGUAUGGGUCGAAACUCCCAAGCUGCAAAGGAGUGCUUUGCAGAUCUAGCAGCGGUUGCAACGUUGGGAGUUUCUUUGGUUUCCUUUGAAACCACUGCACAGCUGUUGGGGGAAGCCUUCAAAACUCCUCAAGAGAUGCGGGAUGUGCGACUCCCGCGCCAGGGAGGUACCAACAUUACGGCUGGCAUUCAGGCCUCUAUAGACCUCAUUCGAAAGAUUGCCAAGCAGGAAGAUUCUCAUCAUCUUCUGGUCUUGCUGAGUGAUGGAAUGCAUGGCUCUGGCCCUCCACCUUCUGCUGUUUUGCCGCAGAUGGGAGCGAGUCUGAAGAAGGACUUUCCUAAGCUUCGCCUCUCUGUGGUUGUGGUUGGAGUGACCCGAAACUCUGACACCUCCAUGGGUAUGUUGCUCAAAGAGACCUUAGAGACCGUUCCACUGGAUUUGCAACCCAUCUAUUUCGCCGACUCGCCACAGCAGAUGACUGAGACACUGCAGCACAUGAACUUGGGCCUGGCAUCCCUCCAAGGAUCUUUGGUCUCUGUAAGCCUCGACCAUGGCCGCUUCAUCCGAUUGGUGGGAGAGGAUGGAGACGCCACUGCAGAGGUGCUGGCAAACAAUCACGAGCAGGUUCUUCUUUGCCAGGGAGAAGCACCCAAGACCCUAAAAGUGGAUGGCGUUGCCUAUGACUGUCAGGCCUUGCCCAGCUUGGAUGGUGAUCUUGUGAUCAAAGCUUUAGAGAAGCAGUUCGAUGCUGCGCGCGUUCGACGUGUUGCUGCUGGCACAGAGAGCACUCGUCCGGCUGUGAAGCAGUUGGGAGAGUGGAUUGCCAUCCUUGAAGCUGCCAGCGAGAAAACUGGAACAAAGUUGGAGCUUGCCAAGGCUAGUCCAAAGAUGCGCUUGGCUCAGCAUCGUGCAUUGAAGACUGCUGUGAGCGGCUUCCGUUCAUUGCGCAAUCAGUUGGCCGAGCUGGAUGCAUACGCCGCCAACGACUCUGCGAGCCAGGCUGCCUUUCUGACCGGUGCGACUCGAAAGUACGGCGCCAAGGCCUUGCGUCGUGCCGCUGCCCAUGGCGAAGUGGAUCCGGAAGAGCGCCGCAAAGAGCUGAUUGCCGAGGUACAGGCCUUGCAGCCGCGCUUGCGAAGUGCGCUGAAGGCAGAUCUCUUGGAGAAAGCGCAGCUGCUGCCAGAGGAGGUUCAAAUGAAGCUGCGCAAGGACCUUGCAGGUAGCGACGAUGCCGCCUUGCAGCGGGCCUGUGAGAAGAUGGCGGCCUCGAUGGGCUGCAGGAAAUCCUACGUAUCCCUGCAGUCGAACUGGGAACAUUUGGCUGAGUGGGUUGACUUCAGCCCAGAAGGGUGCAACACGGAAUAUGAGUUGCUGAUGUGUCUGGGAACCGUAGGCUAUCCUAUGGAAGUAGAGCGUCGUGAUGCCACACAAAUGAACCCUUAUGCGAUGAAUGUCACCCGAAUUCGGGCAACGCCAGUGGACACAGCUUCUGUGGCCACCGCUUUACACUCCGAGCAACCAGUGGUGCCUCCUGAAGGUGGCAAGGCUGUGGAGGAUGUCCUUAUCUUGGUCGACCCUGAAGCACCCACUGCCAGCAAACUCGCUGUUUCCAGUUUGUUGCUGCGCGAGACCUAUACCUCGGUGGUACUUUGCCGCGAUUUGCACAUGUUCACAGGCAAUUCCAUGGUCAUGGCGUUGCACGCGCAUGCUCUGUUGGCAACUCUGCAGCCUCCAGGGCAGAGGACAGAUGAUGUCGUGCAGCACCUGCGUCGACAGUUCCUAGGUCGUGCGUACCAGUGCGCUGGCUGUGGCUAUGGCCCCAUUGAUCACUUUGCAUGCGGAGACCUGGAGGCUCAUCACGGUGAGCAGAUUGGGAGCAGUGAAAUCAACAACUCCUGCCCGCGUUGCCAGUGGUUUUCACCAGACAUUGGAGACUGGCAGCCAUGGGAUGGCAAGGUGCCAGAGGAAGCCCUGCCCCAGGGUUCUGAGGUUGAGGCCACCUGUGCCACUGCAGCAGCUUUAGAGGUCUUUCUCCGAAUCUGCUACUCUGCUCGCAAGCUCUGGAAGACCCACGACCAGAGCGACCUCUACCAGCUAUGCCAGAAGUUGGCCAAUUGGGAGAGCAUCACUGCUGCAGAUGACGUGGAUCACCCAGUGAAGCUCUUGUUGGCUUUGGCCAUUGUGGAUGACCUCCCGGAAGCUGCCUUGGAGCAGGUGCCUGCGUUGUCGCUCCUCAACGAGCAAUGUGCUCGUCGGGCGCACGAUGAACUGAAGGCCAUGGGUCACAAGGAGGAGCCACAAAUCAUGAAUGCGGCUCGCAAGCGUGUUGCAACAUUCUUGAGUAUUUCGAGCAGUUCCGCACCAAAAACCCAGGAGCUGAUGACCCCUGAGCCAUCGCGCCCGUGCGUCCGUGAAGAGUGCUGCGCUGAGUUCACCCUCAGCGAUGAGGAGUUUGACUACAAGAAGUGGGUCAAGGACAGUGCUCUUCCCAUGGUCCAUGCACUGCGAACCAUUCGCACAUUGCGUGCGCUGCUCCAGAGCCGUGGUGGUUGGAAGCAGCUGGAGAAAGACAUGGAGAAGGGACCGCAGGCCUACAUCGAUGUGGUGCAGGCGUUGCAAACCACAAAAAAGCCCCAGCUGGACCUGGCAAAGUGGCUGGACGUGAAGGGGCCAUAUGAGGCGAAUCGCGUGCUUGCGACCAUGGCAGCACAGGCGUUCCUUCAUCAGUCCUCCAAGCUCCGUCGCACUGUGGAUGCGGGUGGCGCUCUCGCAGAGCCACUGCCGGACGUCCGCGACGGAGAGACCCUGCGAAACCUGGCGGUGGACAUUCGAAUGGCCAUUUACGACGAGCGUGUGGCGCGAAAGAACGAGGAGUGGGCCAGUAAGGGUCGCAUGCUCACCUUACGUUUGGCCGCAACUGCUGGCGUUGCCGAAUACGAGGCAAUGUUGGGCCGAGCCACCCACGUGCAUGGCCUGGACAAGUACACUUUCUGGGGCCUUUGGGAUGCCAGCAAAAGGGACAAGGCGAAGAUGUCUGCAUUCCUGCGCACUGCAAACCACGGUUUUUCUUACAAGCACCAGCCCUGAGAGAAAUUAUUCGUGGGGAAUGGCGGGCAGCUCUCAUUCUACAGCUGUACAGCUCAGCCCGUUCAUUGCCAUAAGCGAUGGUUCUGCCUGGUAUUUUGCCAUUGAACCAGAGCUUGUGCACUAUUGUCAUAUAGUGCAUAUAGUGCAUCCUUGGUGUUCACACUGGAUGCUUUUACUUCGUACUUGGGAGAUGUCUCCUGACUUGAUGUACAGCAUUUGACAACCCAAUAAAA